AUGCCCAGGUGCCUAUAUGGUCUGCUUCUGGUCCUUGUGAUGACUCCUCUAGUUUCCCGGGUGGCUUCCAUCUGCCCUCCAGGAUGUUGCUGCCCACACCCAGGGUCUUUGGUUCUCUGUGAAUCCCUGGGACUUCAGAACCUGCCACGUGCCAUUCCCCUCAGCACAUCCGUCCUCUCCAUGGCCAAUAACCGGCUGUGUAACGUGGACCACCUGCUCCAAGCUUUCUCCGACCUCCGGGAGCUGAGCCUCGGACACAACCGGCUGCCCCGCUUCCCCCGGGGCCUGCCCCCCAGCCUUCAGUCUCUGCAGCUGAGGGAGAACCACAUCACAUACCUGACAGCAGGUGGACUGCGACAGUUGGGAAACCUAACCAGGCUAGACCUGGAGGACAACCGCAUCCGUUUCAUCCAGCCUGGUGCACUUCUGCGACUGACAAAGCUGCGGGUUCUGAGCCUGAAGGGGAACCGCCUGUUGGACCUUCCACACUCCCUCCCCCCCUCUCUGGCCCACCUCGACCUGUCUGCCAACUGUGUCUCAUCUCUGGAUCUCACAUCUCUGGCCCCCCUCGUGAACCUGCAGGUGCUGAAGGUCAAUAGCAACUGCCUGAAGUCGGUGCCUGUGGGCGCCUUUGACAGGCUGCCCCGCCUCCGGACCAUUGCCCUGGCUGACAAUCUCUGGGUAUGUGAAUGCAGCAUCCUCUACCUGUACAGGUGGCUCCUAGAUGGCAGGUUGAGGAUGGCCACAGACCUGGUUUGUGCCUCCCCGGUCCACUUGGCCCGCCGUUUGCUCCUCACUCUGUCCAUCACAGUCAUCUGCCCCUGGGUACUGAAGCCAAAUGACACCAGGGUUCCCCCAGAUACUAGGGUGCCCUAUAAAUCACUAAACAGUCAUGCAGCUCUACCUGGGACUGACAGCAUGUCUGUAUCCACGACAACCAGGCCAUUCUGGGCGCCCUUUAGACAAACAGCCAAAGCGUCAGAGAGACCAGCUAUGACUGAUGGCCACACCUGGCACAUUCGUCAAGACCUCAUGGCUGCCCACCUCCCGGUCGAAAGCUACGUGUUGGAAGAGCUGAGCUACAAGGACUGCUUGUCAUUGAACUCAACCCCACUACCUGCCCUCCACAUGGACAGCUCCAUGGCCCACAAAGACACCUCAUGCACAGAGAAUACUAUGGGUCACUAUACAGAUGCUGACAGCACCACCACAGGGCCUACCAGUCCUGCCCUCCCUACGGACAAGGCCGGCCCACAGCCCAUUACCCCCAUCUGGCCUGCGAGACUGCAGGACUCCAAUGCAAUUGUGGCUAUGCUGGCCACUUUGUGUGUGCUGGUCAUCCUGGUUCUGCUCCUACUUUUGCUUCUCCUACGAAAGGUCUUGCGGAGGAACCAGAGAGUGGCCCCCAUUCAGAACCCUUGACUCUGAAAAGACUCCAAAGUCACCUGGCUAACAAAAAUAACAGAAUUGCAAAAUAACAGAGAACUAUUGUUGUUUAUCACAAACAUUUAACAAUUUUAUAUGACUUUUUGAGGCACAUCAAUGAAUUGGAAUGCAUAUCACAAAGAGAA